GGAAGACAACACUGAGUGUCAAAGAGGCCGAAGUAGAUUGAAGCAGUUUACACGUUUGUUUAAGAAAAAGUUUUGUCAGGUUUUAUUUACAGUGUUUUCAGGCGCUAAGAUGAUGCAGGCUUUGAAAGGCGUCAGACACGUGACAUCCAGCACGAUGAAACAAGCAGUUUCAGAGCUCUCCGUGACAGUCCCGUGGGGGGAGAUCCGAGGUAAAGUCUGGGGUCCUGACCACGGAAAUCCUGUGCUGUGCCUGCACGGCUGGGCCGACAACUGCGGUACAUUCAACACGCUCGUUCCCCUCUUGCCAAAAGAGUGCCGAUAUGUGGCAGUGGACCUGGCAGGUCACGGUCGCUCGUCGCACCGUCCCCCUGGAGCUCUGUACGCCUUUCCUUCCUACUUGAUGGAUGUACGCAGAGUCGUUGAUGCUCUGCAGUGGAGCAAAUUCUCCAUUAUAGGCCACAGCAUGGGUGGUAACGUUGCAGGAAUGUUCAGCGCUCUGUAUCCGGAGAUGGUGGAUGCCGUUGUGCUGCUGGACUCCUACGGAUUUUUACCUACAGACCAGAAGGAAAUGCCCAAACUGAUCAGGCAGGGGUUCGAAGAGAUGCUUCUGUUUGAAAAAACGAUGGAAGAGAAGAAGAGAGUGUACACUUAUGAGAAGGCAGUAGAAAGGUUGAUGUCUGUAAACCAAACUCUUUCUGAUCGCUCUGCGAAAAUCCUUCUGGAGCGAGGUCUGGUUCAGGUUGAGGGAGGAGUUGUGUUCUCCAGAGACUUUCGUGUUAAUCUGAAAAACAUAGCACGCAUCAGUUUGGAGCAGAGUCUGGAGCUGCAUUCGAGGAUAACUGCCUCUGUCCUAGUUGUUCUAGCAGAAAGUGGCUUGGAGAAAAUGUUUGCUGAAAAUGAGGAAAAGAAAUUUACAUCAGCACUUCUUCAGGCCUACAGGGACAAAAAUCAUGCCGUGGUGACUGUUCCAGGUGAUCAUCACAUCCACCUGAAUAAGCCUGACAUCGUCGCUCCAGUUGUGUCGGACUUCCUGCGGACCAAAGUCCUCUCACGCUCUGCUACACCAACUAAUGGCCAGACCUCUAAGUUAUAACAGACCAGUUACUCCUCGAGUCACGUCACACUGACUCUACUGCUAAUCCUGUAUUUAUACUGUACUAUUUACACAGGUUUAACUCUGGUGCUUAAAACUCACUCGGCUGGUCGUCUUAGUGGACUCAUGAAUUAUUUAAAGCAUUUUAAAAGGUAGCGAUGCUGCUGAUUUAAAUGAGAAACCAUAAUUUUGUCAUCACUGCCAUCUCUGUCUGUUAACUCAGGCUUUCUGCCUAAGGCUCUGCACUCACCAACAUGAGGGCAUCGGACGUUUGAGUUCAUUCUUCUAGUGCGCUGCCUGGAGCAUGCACCACAUACUCCAAGCACAGGCAGUUUCGAACACAUUAUACCACAUUGGAGCUCUCAAACUGUGGCCAUAUUAAAGUCACACAGGUGAAACUGGAUGAAGGGGUUUGUCAUUAUCUGUUAAUUCCUCCCACACAAUCAGGAGUUGAGCCACCAAACGGUACAUCUUGAAGGCCUCUGAAGGUUCUCAUCUAUAUCAGGUAUUAUUAGGUCCUGGUAUUGCCUAGCAACCACCUAGCAAGAGGCUCAAAUGACUGCUUUUUAGCCUUUACAUUCCUAUAACACCUUAUAAAAUUGGCUUUAAUUUCACAACUUUUUAUUUAUAUCCACAAAAGCUGAAUUAUGCAUGUUGAGCAACCACCUAGCAACAGGCUAAAAAAUAUUUUUAGCAUAUGAACAACAUCGCUUAUUGUUUUUACUGUUCUCCCUGUGAUUAAGUAUAUCAGUUUGCCCACAGCACCAACAGGCCAAGCAAUACUGUAGCAUGGGCACGUGUAUGUUUCUCUAAUUUGUUACUCCUCGUCUCCUCUGUCCUCCCCGGAAAUCGGUCUCAAGUGUGCCGUGUUUAAGGAUGUCUCAUUCCUAAAAUGCAUCUGGAGGACAGAGGAGAGAGGAGGCAGCACAGGUAUGGCUUUGUGGUGGUUCUUUUACCUCUAGCGUAGGCCAUAAAAGCUAGGAUAUACAAACCGUGCUGGACUCUUUAAACAACUGCUCGUUUCAUCCUCCAAGUGUUUCAGUUUUUUAAGAUGAUCAUACUUUCUACUCUUCAGUGUUUCUGUGAAAAGUAAUAUCUGUUCACGUUGUGGCAUGUUGUGAAUUUAAGCAUUUUUGUUUUUAAAUAUGCUGUGAUAUCCUAAAAUACAGUAGUAGCCUUUAACAAAACCAUGGGCAAAUGAUGUGGCUGUGCUACAUCAUGUUUCAGUGCAUCCUGCAGAGCCAGUGACACCAUCAGCUGAAUUGCCCCUUGCCUGCUGCCUUUGAGGAAUGAUUGGGAUUCACUGUGGCAGCUCAGAAGUCUCACCAGUGUGCUGUGUCAUUAAUAUUUUAGCAAGUGUACGGUUUCUCAGAUGUGCGACCACAUGUUUAAUCUCAAAGGUUAAGUGAGAAGUGGAGAGGAACGUGUGUACCAACACAGAGAGCAGAGGACGAAUCGUGACUUGAGUACUUGAGUAACGACUAUGAUUUCCUAUACAGGGCGUCUUUUUAGUAAAUCUCAGUUGCUGAAAAGGUUUUAUUUUGAAAAAACAUCAAUUGACCCAUAAAAACAAUUUCUGUGCCUGACGCACCUUUUUUUUUUCUUACAUUAAACUGAUGGCAUUAAUUGUAACUGUCUUACAGUGUCUUUGUUCUUCAUGAAAUUAUAAAAUCUUAAAAAUUCAUUUAAAGUUUUGUGACUUUCUGACAGCUGUUGAAGCACUUGUGAGCUUGGCAACAUCAAUUUGAAAACAAGCUCAAGAAAAGAGGGAAAAACGGUCUUAUCAUAGAUGUCUCGUAACUUUCUAUAAUGUGUCCUGAUUGUGGGUAAACCUUUAUGUUUUUUUAUUGUUUUAUUUUACUGCAGUAUUUCAGGGACACCAAUGCUUAAAAUAUAGUAUUUAUAAUAAUUAAAAUUUAAUGGUGCAUACAUUUUUUUUUUUUAUUAGAUUGAUGUCAUAUAGGUUGAACCGUGGGCGGCCACUGUGGCUGUUGCAAAUUAUCCAGGCGUCUUGUUUUACGCUCCAAUUUUAAAAACAACAAUAAUAUUAACAGUAAAGUUUAUUUAUAAAGCACUUCUCAAAAGGAUGAUUAUAAAGUCCCUCCCAGAAUAAAAGCAGAAUAAAAUAAAAGAAACUAAAAGGAAUAAAUUACAAACCAAUUAAAAUAAAAUCACAAGAUUCAAGAGGAAUGUCAAAAUAAGAACAAGGUAAUGUUAUUCCAAUUUUAAUGAAGAACAUAGCUUAGAAAUCUAGACAUUAAUCCUUUAAGUGUAUCAUAUUUGAUAAAUGUGAUUCUGAGACUACUAACAUAAAGUGCACAACUGUUUCUAAGCAACGAAUUGUACAAAAAUGUCAUAUGUAGCAAAAAUUGUACAAAAUAAAACUCAUAUGCAAACUUA